GUGCGCAGACUUCGCGUCGCUAGGCGGGUGGAGCAAGGGCGGCGAUUCCCAGUGCGGCGGACGCACCGGUAGCUGGCUUUGCGCUGCUCAGCUGAUCCUGACGUCGCUUCUAGGCCGCCAUGGCUGAGAAGCAAGCCGGCUUGUCCGGAGAGCCGGAUUCUGCCUCUACGGUCACUGCCAAAACAGGACCUAAGGUGUCCUCCCCUGGGACCGCGGAGCCCGGGGACUAUGACAGCAACUGCGUGUUCUGCCGCGUGGCGGCGGGUCAGGAACCUGAAACUGAACUCUUUCCCUGUGAGAAUGAAGACCUGGUUUGUUUCAAAGAUAUCAAACCAGCAGCACUUUAUCAUUACCUUGUGGUGCCAAAGAAGCAUAUUGGAAGUUGCAAAGAGCUGAACAAAGAUCACAUAGAAAUGGUUGAGAGCAUGGUAGCUGCUGGGAAAACCAUGCUUGAGAGGAAUAAUUUCACAGACUUCACAGAUGUGAGAAUGGGUUUCCAUGUGCCUCCGUUUUGCUCUAUCUCCCAUCUGCACCUUCAUGUGAUCGCACCAGUCAAAGAGUUUGGCUUCUUAUCAAAACUGGUUUACAGGCGGGAUUCCUAUUGGUUCAUCACAGUUGAUUAUUUGCUUGAAAAACUAAGAAAAUGAAAAUGUGAACCAUGGACAAGUUCCUUCCCUGACUCAGAAGAUCUAUUGGUUUGCUCUUUAAAGCCUAAUUGCAGCCUGAAGGUUUGCUGGCUCACACAUGACACUACCACUGAGUAGCCUUACAAUCUUUCUGAAUAUCUGUUUUCUGACAUAUGUCAUAGUUAUGUGAGAAGUUUCUCACAGAUUUUUCUUUUUUUAAAAAGAUUUACUUAUUUUAUGUCUGAGUAGACUGUAGUUGUCUUCAGACACACCAGAAGGGGGCGUCAGAUCACAUUGCGGGUGGUUGUGAGUCACCAUGUGGUUGCUGGGAGUUAAACUCAGGACCUCUGGAAGAGCAGUCAGUGCUCUUAACCACUGAGCCAUCGCACCAGCCCAACUUCUUUGUUUCAAUGUUUGUUUAUGUAAGGUUUUCUGCUUAAGAUACUACAGCUAAAAGUCCAUUUAAUACAAAGUCUGCUGAUCAAGAUUCAUCCUAUAUAUUUUUUAAAAGUUCAAGUUUCAUUUAUUAAUGGUCUUAAUAAUUUGUGAUGAAUAAAGUGGCAUAAAAAUUUUGAACCUUUAUUACGGUGAAGGAGAAAAAUUAGCCAUUUUAUGAUAGUUCUAUAGUCUUACACAUAAAUUUUCAAAAUAAACAAUACCAUGUCACCAGUAUUGUGUGAUCGUGAUGAUAGAAGUAGUUAUGUAUGUGUCAUUUUGUAACUGGUUUCAUACAUACACAUAUACACACACACACACAAACACAGACAUACACACACACACACACACACAAACACAGACAUACACACACACACACACAUAUACACACACAAACAUUUCUCCUUAGCCAUAGGAAAGUGAUUCUCUGAGUUUCUCUGAGUACACAAAACCCAGAAUAAUACAUCCAAUAUAAUAAACCCAAAACCCAUAAUACAUCCUGUGCUUUUUCAUUAUAUGGAUACCAUAAAUAAAUAGUUUAUAAUAAGCAUAGUAAGAGAUUAAUGACAAUGUUAAUAAAAUAGAAGUUACAACAGUGUACAAUUAAAAUACUGCCAAUGUUUAUGAUUGUACUUUGUUGCCAUAUUAAGUUGAAGAUAGCUACUCUGAUGCUAUGACAGUUAACCUAAUAACCGAGGUGCGUACUGUAAGUGAGUAGUGUAUACAGACUGUGGGGAUGGUUCUCAGCCCAGGUAGGGUAGAGAGGAAUGGUGUGAGGUUUCAUUUGCCUGCGCAGAAUUGCAUGUAGUUUAUGAUAUGUGGAUUGUUUAUUUCCGGCACUUUCAUUUACUAUUUGGGAUUAUCCAUAGGUAACUGAAACUAUAAAAAUUAGGUUACAAAAGGUGAAGGUUUAGAUAAGAGGGAGCUACUUUAAUGUAGGUUUAAAUGAAUAUAAUAGCCAGCAACAGUUUUUCUUAACAAAAUGAAAUGUGCAGUUUUCCCUGUCAGGAGACCAGGAAGAAACACAAAUUAGUAAUGUAUGAAAAGUAACUGAAACUGUUGCCCUAUGGUAUGGUUUUUAUCAAAAGAAAAUGAAGUUAAGUAGUGGUUAGAUCAACUCUUAUUUUGGAAAAGACUCGAUUUAAAAUAGAAACAUAGAUAAAGAAGUUUACCUUGAUAACAUAGUGCUAAUAGUAUUGGUAUAUCACUCAGUGAUAGUUUAUUGGGAGUUGUUCUGGAGGUAGGAACAGACACAGUAGUGACUGAAGAGGAUGAGGUGGCGAAAGCCAAUUAGACAUUGUGCCAAUGUCUAAGUAGUGUUAUGUAUGCGUGCAGCAAGAAAGAAGCAUAAAAACUAAUGCCUUAUAGAGAUCUUCUAAGAGUUCUGGCUUUUUUUUUUGAUCGUUUUGGCAUGCUAUUAUGCAAUUUUAAGUAACAAACUACUUACUGCAGUGAUUGGUUAUAAUAUCUAUAGUUAAGUGUUCUGUAGUAUGAUUAAAAUUCAUUAAUUUAGCAAAUAAUUUUUAAUAUUUAAUGAGUGUCAAACACACUGAGAUCCAGAACUAAAGAAAUAAUACCAUUCAUCCUGUGUUCUGUUGCCAAUGCUAUGGGAGUAAGACAAAAAUAAUUUAUUAGAUUUUAAAUAAAUGUCUUAAGUUUGGUAAUGUCCAGGCAUGAAAGGGAAACUUGAUGAGAAUAGGAAGUAGGUAGCAGACAUCGAAAUUUAAGGCUCAGUGUUAAGCAGACUGAUGAUGGGAAAGCUGACAACCUUGAGUUCUGUUUACACUGUUGAUUUAUACAAACUUCUGAAUGCCUGUUUACUCACUAGAAAUAGAGAAAGAGGCUAUGGGUUCCCAAAAUUAAACAUAUAGGUUUCACAGCACUGCCUUGUGUAAGAGCUUUCUGAUUAUUUAUAUAGCUGACAAUUUUUUUUCUGUACUAGUAAAAAUAUGACAAACUUUGGGAAAGGUGCAACCUUUGCAUGUUUUUCGCUGUGAAUGUGCAGUGAUACAAUCGGACCCAUUAAUGAUAGUACAUGGAAGGUGGUUAAAGGGUUUUUCAGAUGCCUUUAGGGACCUUUAAAAACGUAAUUAGCUGGUUGAUUCUGUUUGUAUAGGUUUAUACCCUCUUAUGGGGCUCAGGGGUCUGGUGCUUACUGCCAGGUGAUGAAACCCUGAGGACCUAUGUUGGAUCUCUGGACCUAUGUACAGAUGAAACAAGAAAAUAAAGGAGUCUACAAAAUUG